AUGCAAAUGGCGUCAUCUUCUGCCGCUUAUCUUUUACCAGGAUCAUCAUCAUCAUCAUCGAUAGGGGCCAAAACAACAUUUAUUAAACAGUUACUACCAAAACCAUCACAAACAACAGGAUCAGCAACACUUCAUUCUGUUCAUCCUCAACUUCAAUACCCAUUUCAUCGAUCUUCUGCUUCUAAUCAACAAUUUUCAAGAAUAGCACCUCAUGUUGACACACUUCACUCAUUAACGGUUAAUAAUACCAACAAUGGUACUUCACUAUUGACAACAAAUAAUAAUCAUAAUACCAAUAAUAAUACAUCAUCUGUGUUGACAACUAACAAUGGUGACGAUAGUGGUGGUGGUGGUGGUGGUGGUGGUGGUGGUGGUGGUGGUUCUGGCGGACAUAGUCUUUCACAAAGUAUGGAAUCGAUUAAUAAUAUUGGUUUAACAGAUGAUGAGGUUCGAACUUUAUUCGUAUCCGGUUUACCGAUGGAUGCUAAACCACGAGAACUCUAUCUUUUAUUUCGAGGAUUUAAGGGUUAUGAAGGAAGUUUACUUAAAGUAACAAAUAAAAAUGGUAAAAAUUUAUCACCUGUUGGUUUUGUCACAUUUGCCAGUCGAGUUGAUGCUGAAACUGCUAAACAAGAACUUACUGGAGUUCGAUUUGAUCCUGAUCUUCCAGCAACUCUUCGACUUGAAUUUGCUAAAUCGAAUACUAAAGUUCAAAAACCUAAACAUCCAAAUCAAAAUCAAUUAACAGCUGCAACACAACAAUUUAUUCAAAUUCCACAAGAACUUGGUGCCGCUUUCUUUCCUACGGAAGCAUGGGGUCAACCAUUAACAUUCGAUUUAGGUCCAGCUGGUUUACAUCAUCCAGCUUUAUUACAUACAACUCUCCAUGGUCCACCAAUGUUGAUGAGCUGA